AUCGAAGGUGCUUCGCAUUCUCGAGCGUCUCUGGUGCUUCGAUUUAUGGUAAUCAAGAGGAUGGGAAGAAAGAAGAAUCCGAGAGAAAUUACGCUUCGGCGGAGGAAGGAGAUGAAGUGGUUUACCAGAAAACGCUGAGAUUAGUGGAGUGUGCCAUGUUCGCUGCUGUCACUGGCCUUGUUUACUUUCUCAGCAAUUCUCUCGCCAUUGAGAAUUACUUUGGGUGUUUCUUCUCACUACCAAUUGUGAUUUCUUCUAUAAGAUGGAAUAUUGCUGGUGGCAGGAAGACAAUGGUUGCUACUGUCAUGCUAUUGUUCAUAUUAUCAGGUCCGGUCAAAGCAUUAACUUACUUUCUUACUCAUGGUCUUGUGGGGCUUGCACUGGGAUCAUUGUGGAGGAUGGGGGCAAGCUGGCGUCUCUCGAUUUUCGUGUGCACAAUGGUUCGAGCAUUGGGUCUCAUAGGCUAUGUUCUGACAUCAUCCUUCUUAAUAAGAGAAAACAUUCUUGCUGUGAUCACAAUUAACAUCCACGCCUCUCUCUCUUAUGUUUUCACGGCCAUGGGACUGAACAUAAUGCCUUCAAUGAGCCUCAUUUAUAUGAUAUUUGGGACAGUGCUGUUGCUAAACAGUGGAUUCUUUGUGUUGUUGCUGCAUCUCCUAUACUCGAUCUUCCUCACAAGACUCGGAAUGAAAUCUUCGUUGAGAUUACCAGCUUGGUUGGACAAGGCUAUAUGAUGGGAAUCAGGAUCUCUGUUCAGCUCCUAUUUUUGCAGCUCCAUUGGAGAAUCCAAACAUGGUUUGAGCAAUUAUGGUGGAACAUAUAUGUAGUACUUCUAAAGUAGGUGGUGAUGUCUAUAUGCAUAUAUAAUGGAUAAAAAGAAUUCAUGAAC